AUGGCUCCACCAAUAUUCGAUGGAGAAAAUUAUCAAGCAUGGGCAGUGAGAAUGCAAGCCUAUCUAGAGGGUUGCGAUUUUUGGGAAGCUGUAGAACAAGAUUAUGAAGUUGCUCCCCUUCCUGAUAAUCCAACCAUCAAUCAGAUCAAGUUUCAUAAGGAGAGGAUAACAAGAAAAGCAAAGGCAAAGUCUUGUUUAUAUGCUGCUGUCUCACCUGCCAUUUUCAGCAGAAUUAUGGCUUGUGAAUCAGCUCAAGCUAUUUGGGACUUCCUCAAAGAUGAGUAUAAAGGAGAUGAGAGGAUUAGAAGCAUGAAUGGGCUGAAUCUAAUCACACAAUUUGAGAGAUUGCAUAUGAAGGAGUCUGAAACAAUUAAGGAGUAUUCUGAUAAGUUGGUAAAUAUUGCAAAUCAAGCAAGAGCUCUUGGCACUGACCUCUCUGAUAAUAGGCUAGUGCAAAAGGUUCUUGUCUCCUUGCCCGAAAGGUUUGAAGCAACCAUUGCAUCUUUGGAGAAUACCAAGGAUUUGUCUCAAAUCAAGUUGGCAGAAUUGCUAAGUGCUCUGCAAGCACAAGAGCAGAGAAGGUUAAUGAGGGUUGAAGGAAGUACAGAAGGAGCUUUGCAGGCUAAAGAACAGUAUAAUCAUUGUGGAAAGAAGAAUCACCCACACUUCAGAUGUUGGAAGAGGCCAGAUGAAAAGUGUAGAAAGUGUCAUAGGCUUGGACACAUUGAAAGGUUCUGCAAAGAAAAGGGAGAUCAGCAGCAAGGUGAGGCACAUGUUGCAGACCAGCAUGAGGCAGAUCAAUUAUUUGCUGCCUGUUGUUUCUCCUCUAGUGCUCCAUGUGAUAGUUGGCUUGUUGAUAGUGGUUGCACAAACCACAUGACAAGUGAUGAAAAGCUAUUUAGAGACCUUGACAAGUCAUUGCAGUCAAGAGUGAGAAUUGGAAAUGGAGAGUAUCUAGAAGUGAAAGGUAAAGGGACUGUAGCAAUAGAGAGCUAUGCUGGAACUAAGCUAGUUUAUGGUGUGAUGUACGUGCCUGAUAUUGAUCAGAAUUUGCUGAGUGUGGGGCAGUUGGUAAAAAGGGAUUUAAAGUGA